GCUCUUGCGGGAGUACGUUAAGCAACAGAGCGAAGAUGGCCGAGGUAGAUUUUGGUGACAGUGAACUCUUUGAGCAAUUGGGAGAGAGUAUGCCUACUGCAACUCACAUUCGGUUUACGGAGGAUGGAGAAGGAGGCUCUGGGCUCAAGGGAAGAUUGGGGGAGUGUGAGGAAACAAUACGGAGUUUGAUAGAAGAGAACCAAGAGUUGAAGAGAAAAUUGAAAGUGUUGACAAGGCCAAGUGGCAUUAAUGUUGAAAACAUCAAGAUUGAUGGUCCUCUUCUACACAUCCUUUUUGCAAACAAUAACAUCUCAAAGCAAUGCCGUCAAGAAAUUGAAGACUGCCUCUGUAGUAUUGUUCAGAAACAGCAGCAGCAGGGAGAAGUUGAAAAAGGAAAUCCCUACGGAAAUGUCAACCCUCAGUCUUCAAGUUUUAUUAUGGAAGAAGAUCAGAAGACCAAGACCUCCUGUGGAAUCAAAAAGAUUAAGGAGGCCUUCAGUAUGGUGGGAAGUGUCCUGUAUUUCACCAGUUUCUGUCUGGACAAACUUGGACAGCCCCUGCUAAAUGAUAACCCCCAGCAGACAGAAGGAUGGGAGGUUCCAAAAUAUCAGCAGAUCUUCAGCCAGGUCAUUGCCUUAGAUGGACAAGAAGUACAGAUGAAGGAGAAAAGAGCUAAGCCUUGUUGUUUCAACUGUGGGUUGGAUGGUCAUCAACUUCGAGACUGUCCUCAGCCAAAGGACAUGGCCAGAAUCAACAAGAAGCGGAAGGAGUUUUGUCACGGUAACCAGGGAAACCUGAGCAAUCAGCGUUACCAUGCUGAUGAAGUGGAGGAGCGAUUUGCCAAAUACAAACCUGGAUUCAUAAGUGAGAAGCUGCUGUCUGCACUGGGAGUUGAUAUGAACACACUACCACCUCACAUCUACCGCAUGAGGCAGCUAGGCUACCCACCUGGCUGGCUUAAGGAGGCAGAGAUGGAGAACUCCGGUCUCAUGCUUUAUGAUGGGAAGGUUUCAAGUGAUGAAGAACCAACAGAGGACAAUGGAACAAAAAUCUCCUAUGAUGUUUCCAAGCUUGUAGAUUUCCCAGGCUUCAAUAUAUCUUCACCCCCUAGUGUGAAGGAUGACUACAGGCUAUAUGGCUCUAUUCCAAUACAGCAUAAUCACAUGAAGCAGAAUUUUGCUGCUUAUCUCUCUAACAAUUUUCCAAUGCCUGGUGACAACUGCAAUAAAAGACCACAUGAAUCCUACUCAACUCCCCGGCAGACAAAGAAAAGGAGAUCUGAUGCCAGGAGUUCAGAUAUGGACUUUGAUUCAGACCAGGAUACUACACCCCGCCGCCACCGGAGCUCAGACAGCUUCCAGUUCCAGCCCCCGCUGCCCCCUGGCUCACCAUCCUUUGGUUCACCACCUCCCUUACCUCAUGGUACUCCGCCAGCUACUCCCACACCACCUCCUCUUCCUAAGGGAACACCUCCCCCCACACCCACAUAUGGCUCAAGGGCCCUGCGGGGACGCACUGUGAGAGGGAGUGAGGAGUCUGCAGGCGGAGAGGAGGAAGAGCUGACACUGGAAGAGCUGGAGGAGCAGCAGAGGCUGAUCUGGGCAGCGUUGGAAAAUGCUGACACAGCCACCAACAGUGACUCUGAGACACCAGCUGUUGGAACACCCCUCCCCAGCUCGCCCAGCAUCUCCACACCUGCCCAUGUUGACACUGAAACUGAAAUGGAGGAUGGUGAGACUGAAGAUUAUGAGGAAAAGGAGGGAUCUAUGGAGGCUGCCAGCCACAACAGUGAUGAGCAGAUCAGUGUUGAGACAUCUUCUAGCAAAUGUCAGGAUUAUGAGGAAGAUGCUGAAGAUAAAGGCACGGUGGUUGAAAACAAGGGCAGCUUACUGCAAUCACCAGACGAAGAAGAGGGCCCUCAGAGCCCUGAAGCUGCCACAGAUAGAGGCAAUGUGCUUGCACAGAAGGUCAGAUUGCUGCAAACGCCAGUGCACCAAGUGAGUCGUCAGUCGGAUCCCUCAGGUCAAGAUGCUAUGGAGGGAGAUCUGUCUGACUCUUUGGGGAAUGUAAUGGCUGUGCCUCACCGGAGUAGGUUUGCACAGGGCAUUAUUCCCUUUGAGGACACGCCAGAAUUCACAGAAGUUGCUGAGGCCACCGGGACAUACCUUCGAAUCCGAGACUUGCUGAAAGGUUCCCCCCGAAAUAUGGCGAAAAUCAAAAAGUGAGAAAAGACUGGUUUGAAUUCAAAUCCAGGGAUUAUUUUGCAUAAACACUUUUUUUUUUAAUUUUAUUUUUUUAACAAGUCUGUAGAUUUCAUACACUUUCCUUUCUGUAAGUGUGCCACAGAAAUUGGAGCAAAAGAGUUUGGUGACCUCAUUCAAACAUCCUUUUUAAUGUUUUAUUUUUUGUACUAGACAAUGUCUUUUCUGUGUAUGAGUUAGCUGGGGUUUAAAGAUGCAAGGUUUUUCUUUCAGGAAACCCCAUUGCUAGUUUAGGUAGUGUCUGUUUUGACAUUCACAUAAUACUUUUUGUAGCAAUGACAACAUCCAUAUUGCUCUUUUUAGGUGUAAAGAUUUUAUAAAAUGUUUUUCCUCUUUCUGUUUUUACCAUCAAUUGAUAUUUUUACAAUUAGAUAGUCUCAUUGCAGUCUAGGUGCGCCUCCUUUUCUCAUGGUUCAAGAAGCCUCCCAUUGGCUACUCUUAUCAAAUAAGGACAUUCAUUUUGAUGUUCUUUUAAAGUUAAUUUGAAACUCGUUGAUUUUUACAAUUGUAUCUUGACACAGGAAAUGGGUCUCUGCAUUCAGAAUCUCACAGCAAUAUGGCUGUGCAUAAUCUCAUGUUUAUUAUUUUUUUUUUAUCUAUUUUUUUUCUCCACAAUUUUGUGGUGUUCAAUUGGUAGUUAGUCUUGUCUCAUCGCUGCAACUCCCGUAUGGACUCGGGAGAGGCGAAGGCCAAGAGCUGUGCGUCCCCCGAAGCACAGCCAAGCCACACUGCUUCUUGACACAAUGCUCACUUAACCCGGAAACCAGCCGCACCAAUGUGUCGGAGGAAAUGCCGUACACCUGGCGACCGUGUCAGCAUACACUGCGCCCGCCCCACCACAGGAAUCGCUAGUGCGGGAUGGGACAAGGACAUCCCUGCCGGCCAAACCCUCACUUAACGCAGACGACACUGGGCCAAUUGUGCGCUGCCCCAUGGGUCUCCCGGUUGCGGCCAGCUGCGACAGAGCCUGGACUCGAACCCAGAAUCUCUAGAUGUUGAUUUAUUUUUAAGUAACAACCAUUGCUGUCAGCAUCAAAGACAUCUCUGCUCUAAUUGCUACUACAGAAUGGCACUAGAUGGCAGCAACACUUAAUUUGACCACUACAAUACAUUUGACUAUUUGUAUUUACUAAGGAUCCCCAUUCUUCCUGGGGUCCAGCAACAUUAAGGCAGUUAUAUACAAUUUAAAAUAUUGCAUGACAUAACACUUUUCACAAUCCAUUAAGUGUGUGCCCUCAGGCCACUAGUCUAUCACAUAUCUACAAUACCAAAUCCAUGUGUACUUGUGUGUUUGUUUUUCACAGUCCCCACUGUUCCAUAAUGUGUAUUUUUAUAUAUUUAUUUAUCUGAUUCUACUGCUUGCAUCAGCUACCUGAUGUGGAAUAAAGUUCCAUGUAGCCAUGGCUCUAUGUAGUACUGUGCGCCCCCCAUAGUCUGUAAUUGACUUUGGGAUUGUGAAGAGACCCUUGGUGGCAUGUCUUGUGGGGUAUGCGUGGGUGUCUGUGCUGUGUGCUAGGCGUUUAAACAGACACCUUGGUGCAUUCUUACAAAAACAA